GAAAAUAAAAAGAAGUGCAUGGGCAAUGUCUUCUCAAAUCUUUUCAACCUGUCAGGCUACUUGCAGCCUUUUUCAUCUUUGACCACCUCCUGGUUUUUUUUUUGAAUAGCUCUACUCUACACUACAACAGUCGGAGAAAAAAACAACUCAAGCUCACCUUCUCCUUGUUCUCCGGUAACCUCCGCCUGCUCCGCCGGCAGUUCCCUUCAGUCACCUCUGCAGAGCCGCCAUUUUGACCUUGGAGUCGUCCCGACAUCUAACACAAGGACCGUGUUUGUGGUGGUGGAUUGAAGAGGUGAAUGCUAGUGUUUUGUUUUAGGAGGAGAGUCGCACAAAUCCUCUCAAGUCUUGCUCGAAUUGCUUUGUUUUUGUUAUUGGAAAAUGUGCGGCUAAAGGUGUUUGGAUGUGAAGCUUAGGAGGGCAAGAGGAGAGGAGAGUAGAAAAGAGAAAGGAAGAGGUGGUAGAAGCAGAUGAUGAACGGAGCUCAAGAGAGCAAUCGUAGAGGGAGGUGGCAUUCUGGUUAUUUCCUCACAUGGAAUGGCAGAUCUUGUUAGCUACGGCAAUGCCCAACGCGAAAUCCACCAGGGAUUAAUAGCUUUGAAGAAGGGUGCUCAGCUUCUGAAAUAUGGCCGCAAAGGAAGGCCAAAGUUUUGUCCUUUUAGAAUUUCUAAUGAUGAAACAUCUUUAAUCUGGAUUACGAGCAACGGUGAAAGAAGUUUGAAGUUGGCUGCAAUCUCUAAAAUUAUUCCUGGACAAAGAACUGCUGUUUUCCAGCGGUAUCUCCGUCCUGAGAAGGAUUAUUUAUCCUUUUCUCUUAUUUACAACAACGGGAAAAGGUCACUUGAUCUGAUCUGCAAGGACAAAGUUGAGGCGGAGGUGUGGAUUGCAGGCCUCAAAGCAUUAAUAUCUUCUGGUCAGGGUGGGCGUUCCAAAAUUGAUGGUUGGAGUGAUGGAGGCCUCUAUCUUGGUGAUGGCAGAGACCUGACAUCAAAUAGUGCAAGUGACAGUUCUGUUAGCACUACUCGAGAUAUUAGUUCUGAUAUUUCUGUCAGAUUUAACCCGAACACUUCUUCAAUGAGUUUACGACCUGAGAAUUCUUUUCAUCCUGAAAGGACACAUAUAGCAUCUGACAGCACAAAUAUGCAAAUAAAAGGGUCUGGAUCAGAUUUUCUUCGUGUAAGUGUUUCUAGUGCACCAAGUACUUCAAGUCAUGGUUCUGCACCAGAUGAUUAUGAUGCUUUAGGAGAUGUGUAUAUAUGGGGUGAGGUUAUCUGUGAUAGUGUUGUGAAUGCUGUGGCUGAUAAGGAUGCCAAUUAUUGGAGCUCAAGAGAUGAUGUGCUUCUUCCCAGGCCUUUAGAGUCUAAUGUAGUUUUAGAUGUACAUCAUGUAGCUUGUGGGGUCAAGCAUGCUGCCCUAGUGACAAGGCAGGGUGAAAUUUUUACCUGGGGUGAAGAAUCUGGAGGUCGACUCGGCCAUGGUGUUGGGAAGGAUGUCAUUCAACCUCAUCUUGUUGAGUCACUGGCUGUUACUAGUGUUGGUUUUGUUGCAUGUGGAGAAUUUCAUACUUGUGCUGUUACAAUGGCUGGAGAACUUUAUACAUGGGGAGAUGGGACGCACAAUGCUGGGCUUCUUGGUCAUGGUACUGAUGUCAGCCAUUGGAUACCGAAGAGAAUUUCUGGUCCUCUUGAGGGACUUCAAGUUGCUACAGUAACUUGUGGUCCUUGGCAUACGGCCUUGAUAACGUCAACAGGACAGCUGUUUACUUUCGGGGAUGGAACAUUUGGUGUCUUGGGCCAUGGGGACAGAGAAAAUGUUCCAUAUCCAAGAGAAGUAGAGUCUCUUUCGGGAUUGAGAACAAUUGCUGUGGCAUGUGGAGUGUGGCAUACUGCUGCCAUUGUUGAGGUUAUUGUCACUCAGUCUACUGUUAGUGUUUCAUCAGGAAAAUUGUUCACAUGGGGGGAUGGGGACAAAAGUCGUCUUGGACAUGGAGACAAGGAACCCCGGUUUAAUCCCGCAUGCGUUCAAGCACUAAUUGAUUACAAUUUCCACAAAGUUGCUUGUGGGCAUAGCUUAACAGUUGGUUUGACUACAGCAGGGAAUAUUUUUACAAUGGGGAGUGCUGUGUAUGGUCAACUUGGUAAUCCUUUUGCUGAUGGAAAGAUACCAUGUCAUGUAGAAGACAAGCUUUCAGGGGAAUUUGUUGAAGAAAUUGCCUGUGGUGCAUAUCACGUAGCAGCUCUAACAUCCAGGAAUGAAGUCUAUACAUGGGGGAAAGGAGCUAAUGGUAGGUUGGGCCAUGGAGAUGUUGAAGAUCGAAAAAUUCCUACUCUGGUUGAGGGUUUGAAGGAUAGACAUGUGAAGUACAUUGCUUGUGGUUCUAAUUAUACUUCCGCUAUAUGUCUCCAUAAAUGGGUUUCUGGUGCUGAGGAAUCUCAAUGCUCGGCUUGUAGACAGGCUUUUGGGUUCACCAGAAAAAGGCAUAAUUGCUAUAACUGUGGGCUUGUGCACUGCCAUUCCUGCAGUUCAAGGAAAGCACUAAGAGCAGCUUUGGCUCCUAAUCCUGGGAAACCUUACCGUGUUUGUGAUUCCUGUUUUGCUAAAAUGAACAAGGUUUUAGAAGCUGGUAAUAGUAGGAGGAAAUCUGUACCUCGCCUUUCUGGUGAGAACAAGGACAGGUUGGAUAAGGCUGAAAUAAGAUUAUCUAAAUCUGCAUCUCCUUCGAAUAUAGACUUAAUUAAGCAGUUAGAUAUCAAAGCAGCCAAACAAGGGAAAAAGGCUGAAACAUUUUCCUUGGUUCGUUCUACUCAAGCACCUUCGUUGUUACAAUUGAAAGACGUUUUAUCUACUGCUGUAGAUUUACGAUGGACAGUCCCCAAACCAAUUCGUACUCCAUCGGGAGUGAGUUCCAGAUCUGUUUCACCUUUCUCAAGGAAAUCUAGCCCUCCACGUUCAGCUACCCCCAUUCCAACAUCUGGACUUUCUUUCUCAAAAAAUGUCAUAGAUAGUUUGAAAAAGACAAAUGAACUUUUGAACCAAGAAAUGCUUACGUUGCGUGGACAGGUUGAGACCCUGAGAAAGAGAUGUGAGCUCCAAGAAUCAGAGCUUCAAAAAUCAACUAAGAAAGCUCAGGAAGCUAUGGCACUGGCUGCAGAGGAGUCUGCAAAAUCUGAAGCUGCUAAGGAAGUUAUAAAGUCGCUAACAGGACAGCUCAAGGAUAUGGCUGAGAGGUUGCCACCUGUAGUUUAUGACACUGAGAACACAAAACCAGCAUACUUGCCAAAUGGCUUGGAGCGGAAUGGCGUACACUAUCCAGAUGCAAAUGGGUUGGGACAUUUGAGAUCUGAUUCAAUUGGUGGCUAUUUCCUUGCUUCCCCAACCGCACUUGAUUCUGCCACUAUCAAUGGCACUCAGAGCCCUGCCCAAUUACUUAGGGAAACGACUGGAGCCAAUGGUAGAGAUGGCCAUUCAGAUACUCAACUGCUGAAAGGUACUGCAGGUUUGCAGUCUGGUGACAGCAGUGUGUCAGAGGCUGUUGAUGAAAGAGAAUCUGGGCCUUUCAGAGAUGGCGAAAAUGGCAACAAAUCUAGAAAUUCUGCAUUGGUUGGGAAUGGCUAUCAAUCGGAGGCUGAGUGGAUUGAGCAGUAUGAGCCUGGAGUUUACAUAACUCUUGUAGCACUGCAGGAUGGAACUAGGGAUCUUAAACGUGUGCGCUUCAGAUGUCAGCAUAUGUUCUUAUAUACAGCCGGAGAAGAUUCGGGGAGCACCAAGCGGAAUCUUGGUGGUCAGAAAACCGUGAAAAGGUGUACGAGAGGUACAAUGUGCGCGGAUCAGACAAAACAUCAGUUUCUGGACAAACAGGUCGCAGGUCAGAGGGAGGUCCGUCACCCACUUCACAAGUGUAACAACAAAAGGGAGGGAAGUUUAGUAUCGACCCAUUUUGUUCCUGUGGUAAAGCUAUGGAGCAAGAAAGGAAGCUGUAAGUGUUAUUUUCUUUUCUGUCUCUCUCUUGUAAUGUUUGCUCUUUACAUAUUCUUGUUUUAGGACAAAUAUUUUCUUUUGAUUACCCCUCCUUUUCUGUUCUUUUUUGUUAUCCCUCUAUGAUUCAGUUACUUCCAUUUGAGUUGUGGGUAUUUUUACCUUUGUAUUGUAAUGUAUGUAUAUAAAAUCAUCAAUUGCUAGAUAGUAAAUAAUCUUGUCAAGAAA